AUGGAGCAGACUAUUCAGCUGGCUACCACACACAAAGUUCCAGACGUGAAACUCAUGUCGGUCGAGUUCCCAGGACAUGUCAAGAACAUCAGCAGAGUCAAGGAGGCCCUGGGAGGUGAACACGCCAUUCGCAAUGUGUACGUAGGAGGUGCGCCACUGGACCUCCGGUACAGGGUCGGGGACCCCUUCUCAAUACCCAUUCAAGGAGAAACUGUCAGCACACCCAACUUUCUAUUGAAGGUGACCAGGAGAUACAAAGUCAAGCGGCCGCCAGGCUCACAGCGAUCCCUCCCUCCUUACCGUGCCCCCACCGAAAACGAUAUCCCACACGACGAGAACGAGGACCCAGAAUUAAAAUUCGAGAUGGUGGGCCGGAUCCCACGGACGAUCCGUUUUCCCGGUCUCGCUGACUACCAACACAUUGUCGACCCCAAGGAUGAGUUUGUGCGCAUCAAAAACGACCUUAGAAACCUUAACUACGAGCAACUCAUCUCUGUCAAGGUGGACAACAAGAACCCUAUCGAAGACUUUUCAACAAUGCAACUUCUCCCCCCCGCCAUCAUCGCCAAGGCCACAACGCCUAUUGUAUACAAGUAA